UGCAUGAAGCAUCUCUGCGUCCCCGCCCCCUCCGGUCCACAGGUUCCACCCAAAGACCGAAAGACCCAAACUCCGCUCAGUUCUGCUGGGAUGAUGGAGGACGGACCUGGACUCGAGGAUAACCCUCGAACCGUCAGCUGAGUGUUCUGUGCUAAGGGGUGUGUGUUGUUCUUGGAGGCCGACCGCGAAAGGCACCCGCUCAUGUCUCUGCCUGCUAACAGAAGGCCCUCUGCUGGACCACGCAGUAGACGGCCUGCUGGGACAGCCACUGCUCGGAAUUCCCGUGGCGACUCCUCCAUCAGCAGCAGCUACUCAACAUCGUGCUGCAAGAGCACAGAAAGUAACACCAUACCUCGCUCACACCCUGCUACUCCCCGACGGCAGGCGAAGUAUGCAGCCUGCAGUGAAAAUCAUGGCAUCCGUCCUCCGGCCCCUGAGCAGUAUCUCACCCCGCUACAGCAGAAGGAAGUGUGCAUCCGUCACCUCCGCGCCCGGCUGAAAGAGAAUGUGGAGAGGCUGCAGGACAGGGACUCUGAGAUAGGGGAGCUACGAAUGCAGCUCACACGGAUGCAGGAAGACUGGAUUGAAGAAGAAUGCCAUCGCAUUGAGGCCCAGCUGGCCCUCAAAGAGGCUAGGAAGGAGAUCCGUCAGCUCCAGCAGGCUGUGGAAGCGGUCAGGUCCAACCUGGGGAUCCGUGAUUCAGAUCAGCAGGACUGCAAAUCAGAGGGGGUAGGGGUAGGCAGGUUAGGGCCCCGGUACGGAGCCUCCAGGUCCUGCGGCUGCUCUCCAGCUCAUACCAUCAGCCGCAGUGCCACCUUCACCAGGCUGAGCAGCGAGACGUCACCCGGCACCGACCGGAAUGGAAACAUUCCCUUGGACCGCCACAUUCCUGCCAACCGGGGAGCAGCCACUUUACCCAGAGGCGACGGGCGCACCCAUCUCCUUCUGGAGGCGGCCCUUCUGUCUGAACAGGUCCCGCCCUCACCGCUUUGCUCCACUUUAUCACGCUCCUCCACCUAUGAGAAGCUGUGCAGCGGCGAGACAGUCCUGCCGAUUAGCCGGCCCUGCCACGCAGUGAACAACAACUGCAGCUGCGCAUCGCAUACCUACCUCCCACACCAUCACCUCUUCUUGCACCUCCCUCAAGAUGAGGCCCCGCCUCCACCUCCUCCUCUUGCACCAACAGCACCUGCUAGUGCAUCAGAAACAAGCGACAGGCCAGGGUUCAGAUCACAAGCCUGCAGCCCCACCAUCACAUGGAUCUCUGAAGAAGAGGGAGGUGGUGAAGAGCUAAGCAUCAUCACCUCAGCAACAUGUGCACCCGAUGUCACUCUUGCCGAGCCACAGACUUUUUCGCUGUCUUCCGCCACAAUUUCACCCUCCCAGAUCUCAUAUCUUGCAGAGCCUUUGCCCUCAGAGAACCUUGUUGAUUUAACAUCAUCAGCAACAUCUACACCUACAGUGUUUACUAUGCCUCAGACACAACAACCUUGUCCUAGAGCAUCUCCACCUCCACAGCAGGCACCGCAGGAAGUAAAGGUUGUGGAGGUCAGAGAAGAAGAUGGGGUGGGUGGGGCUAGUACAGAGGAGGAAGAUGAGCAAGAGGAAGUUCCUCAAAGGAGCCAUUGGAGCCGCUAUUUUUUGAUCGAUCUGCUAGCGGUGGCAGUGCCGGUAGUUCCAACAUUGGCAUAUCUUUGUCGUGGGGCACAGCGUGAAGGAAUGCCUGUGUACCACAUGGGCUCGCUUCUACGUGGUUGCUGUGCUGUAGCACUUCAUUCCCUUAGGCGAGUCGGCAGCACACGCAGCCGAGGCCCAACUGGAACAGGUGGCACAACAACAAUAUGAAUAUCUGCCCUACAGACUUGGCCCAAGCUUUGCCCCAUAUAACUUGGCUAAAAGGUUUGCUGUUUAAUUGAAUCAUACACUAGAAAUGCUGUGUUGCAACAAAAACUUGGCGCACAUAAUCCUGUGUUAACACCACUGAUAUCAGCAUUUACUUAUUAUAAGGCUCUUACUCAUUUCCACCAAUUGUAUGUGUUUCCUUUUCCCCUCCCCUAUGUUCUCUUCCUAUCAACAUUUGUCGGCUCACGUUUUAGCCUCUGAGCCAGUGAGUGAAAACUUCUCUGACAUGGUAGAUCUUGAGAAAACUGAGACAAAACAAUCCUUAUAUGUGGAACAAGGCUCCCCUGAAGUGGUGUGUUGUGGAUCACUGUCUAGUUGUCUCUGAAACCCCCGCCCCCCGCUAUCUUUUUGUUGCUCAUACAUGUUCACAAAUGUGGACCCCAAUACCAGCUUUUUGAUACAAUGGGGGAAAUGAUGCGAUAAGAGUAAGAAAGUGCUUGCUUUAUUUUGCCUGUGGCUAAAGGAAUGCUCUAAGGUUUCCAAGAAUGUAUGUUCAUUUUAUGAAUUCAGGAUUCAGAUAGGUAUUUAUUUUAAGUUAUUUGUAUAAUAAAAUGCAAACUCAGGCUGAAUUUUGGCUAUAUAGGAAGCACAAAGGGGUCAAGAAAUGGCAAUGGGUCUGCUAGCUUUACAGAUCAAUUCAAAUAUACACUGUAUUAAACUGUCUGGUAUGUCUUUUCCACUGUACAGCUGAUUCUCAAUGUUCAGUUGUACAUACAGAUUUACAGUAGGUUUGGAUGUAGUGCACUUAGGCUUUACAGUCAACUUCAGCAAAGUUAGUUUGGUGAUAUUCCACUUUGAACCUCCUUUAAGAUUUUUCCCUCAGUUCAGCACUAUAGUUCACUUUAAACUAAGCGAGAAGCAUUACGUGAAAUUCAGGGUUGUAUUGCAUGCAUUCAGAUUAGCUCAGUGUGAUGCUUCUCAGUUUAUGCAUUUUAAUGGUAGAUUAUCAAAGAUGUUAUGAAGAAGCCAUGUUUCAGUUUGAGAUUGCACAGAAAAGCUCCAGCAAUGGAUUUAAAUCAGGGAUGUCAGAACCCAAUUCAAGAGCUCUGUGUGCAAGUUAAUCAGCAUGCCUGUUAGCACGAAGUUUCCAAUAGAUGAGACAGCAGACUGAUGAACUCCAUUCAUUUUAAUGGCUGUCAAAGCAAAAGCACUUUAAAGUGUAACUUCUUGUGCAGAAUCCUGGCCAAAAAUGCUGUUAGAAAGACAUCGGUCAGUAAAUACAUGCCAUUGAAUGGGUUUUUGAAAUAGGACUAGACAUUUCUGUGAAUACAUUCGUGUGGUUUUAAAAAUAAAAACUGCCUUUAAAUGA